CCGGUCAGUGUGGUUCUAAAGUUUUCUCACUAAGCUUCCUUGUUUCUCUUUCUUUCUGGGUCUUUUCAUACAGUGGAGAAACUUGUUGGGUUCUUUCAGCUUUCACUUUCCCAGGCUCUGAUCCAAAGAAAAAUCUCAACUUUCUUCAGCAAUUCAUCUCUACCACUUCUGGGUAGUGCUUAUUUUUCCCAAACUCAGUAAAGCAGGACAUGGCUUUCAUGUUAACAAAUGAUUUUAGCUUAUGGUGGAAACUAGCUUCAUGAAUCAGAAAGUGUUGAUAGAGACCAUACAUGAGGGGGAAAGAGAGAUUGAAGACAAAGCAAGAAGAGUGAAGAUUAUAACAGGUGAGAUGCACAACUUGAACUUCAAAAUGCAGCAAAAUUCUCAUGAUCCAAAGUUUGGCAAUCAGGAAAAUGAAAAAAAUGUCUCAGAUACAGCUUAUUCUGACAAAACCCAGAAAGGUCAAUCUGGUUCGAAGAUGAUAAAUGAGCCCGAAAAAAAUUCAUAUCCAGUUUCGUCUGCUGACCUACCCCAUUCAAAACCAAGAGUUCACUCAGAGGAUCCAAUUGGAAAGGGAUCAGUGAGAUCCACAUAUGAGUUACAAAAGAGCAGGGACAAUGGUGAUGCUAAACAUUUCACUGAGUCUCCAGCUCGCCAUGACAAUGGUAGCCAUGUGAGGGGCACUGAUUCUGUGCAUCGAGGCCAGGGAGUAGGUUCUGCUGACAACAGUAGAAAACCUUCAAGACAAACUAUUGGAUCUGAACACAACAUUGACCGUUCACCCCUUCAUCGCCAGGCAAAAACCCCUGGCAGGGAUAGUCCUUCUUGGGAAGUAAAGAAUUCAUAUGACACCAGCCAAGUUACCCCAGGAAGGUCCCGGUUAAGACCAUCUAACCGAGGGGAUGAAACUCCUGAUAAAGGUGCCGCGGUUCCAAAAUUUGGUGAGUGGGACGAGAGCAACCCUGCAUCAGCUGAUGGCUACACUCAUAUUUUCAACAGAGUGCGGGAGGAGAAGCAGGUGGGGGCUGGACAUGUGCCAGGCACACCUAAUGCUAGACAAUAUGGUGUGCGGAAUCAGCCUGCUGAUGAGAAAGCUCAGAGUUGCUGCUUUUGCUGGGGGAAAAAAUGAUUUGUGUGAAAGUAUAAAUUAUAAUCUGAAGAGAAAAGAUAGGGUUGUGAAUGGACAUAAAGUGUGUCUUGCACUUGUAAAUAUUCAAGGCACUCUCUUCCCAGGAAAAUAUUCUAGACGUAUGUCUUAAAUCUGUGUCUUCUUCUUUCUCUGUAUUUCUUUUGGUCAGUAAAGACACCGACUGCAAGAUUGUGACUUGUCCCUUUUAAUCUUAUGUUAUGUAACUGCCACGCUUUAUAUAAUUCAAUUUUCUGUAUUUAGGUGGGAUA